AUCCCUUAAGGAACCAGAGAGUCCGAGUGAACAUGAUUAAAAACACGCUCUCUAAAGCAGGAACAUAGAUGGGGCGCAGUUUUAAAAUGAUUUUAUGAGUUUUAAAUAAUUAAGUGUUCGUGAUCUGGAGUAAGGGGGAAUAAUGGACAAUUUCAAGGGACCGCUAGUAACAGAUUGCGAGGAGCUGCUGGGUCGUUUUCAGGCGACCGAGUCUGUUCGGUUCGAGCGCUUUUCAGCGAUCUGGAGAGACAUGAACUUCAGUAGCAUCUUCAAUGGCAAACCGGAGCCUAAAGAGAGAAGACACUUCGCUCGCUUGGCUCUGUCUGUCGUGUCUCCAUACUUUUAUCCCCCCUACACCUUCCAGAUCAGAGCUGGGGGGCUUUAUCUCCUCUAUGGGCUCUUCAAUGCCCAGCUCUGCAGUCCAAAAGAAAAGAUCCGCAUCGCUCUGAAGGACUGGCAGGAUGUCAUGCAGUUCCAGCAGGAUGCAAUGAACGCUCAACAUUAUGAUGUGAUUUAUAUCUUUAGAAAACUUCUGUCAGAAAAAGCAUUUUUAUUUACAGCCAUGCCAACAAAGCUCUUUUCUCGGAUGAAGAGAGAAGAUGGAAAGGUGAAGAAAAUCUGUGAAGAGUUUGUUGAUCCAUCAUCACGACCUCAGGAACUCAUCACUACAGACGUGCUAGAGGAACUGGAGAACGUGCAUGAACAUUACGAGGACCUGAAGAAAGCAGUUUUUAAUGAUCCAGACCCAAACAUGACCCUUAUCCAACAGAACCUGAUUUCCAAAUUAAACAACGCUGUCCUCAAUUAUUCCAACUGGCAGAAUAAGAACCAUUCAGCAUCUGAGGAGCAGGAUGCUGGAGAAGGGCCUUCAAAUCAAGAUAGCUCCAGCAGAGCCCAGCUGUUAGCUUCAAUCAAAUCUAAAUCAUAUGGACAGGUUAUGGAGGCUUCAAAGUCCCGACGUCACCGACAGGCACAGCUUGUGCCAUCAGCCGAUCCAGAUCAAACAUGUAAAGUCUCUUCAAAGAAAAAGAGAAAACCAUCUCUUAAAAAUCGCACACAAUCACGCUUCAAGAUUCAAGGAAAAGAGCGUGAGAUACUGAAACAUGCGACACGCCUUUGGCGUUUGAGUGCAGUGAAAGAAGAGACGGUGGCAGAAAGAAAGAAGCCAUUCAACUGGAACCCUAAGAUGGAAAGUGAUGUCAUGUAGCGUUCAGUGGAUCUUGGCAGACCAAGACUGGAAGAUAUAUGAAUGUAAAUGUUUUUAAGGUUGUGGUAUUCAACAUUUUAAUGAAUAUUUGGUAUCCAAAUAUCAUACAUGUGCAAGACAAGUACAGGUUUUAAUUCUGUUUUAGAUGUUUGUAAAAAUACAGUUUGUCAUAAGGUGCAUGAUAAAAGAGGUUAUAAUUGAGCAAUGCCACAGCAUCAAAGGCAUAAGAAAUUGACUAUUUGAUAUGCCUGAUAUGUAAAACUAAAGUUUUUAAUUGUAACGUGUUUUUAGGUAUCUGAUGAAAAUGUUUACAUGUGUUCAGUUUUGCACAUUCUGUCUUGUUUUUAUUUCACUUUGUGUUGUAACUUUGCCAAUUAAUACAACACAUACACAGAAGAAAGAAGGAUUUGUGUGGUGUUUUUCCAGGUUUUUGUAACCUAAAGGUUUUAUGGACGCACUGUUAAGGUGGUUUCCCAGACAGGGCUUAAGUGUUAAAAAUGUCUCGGACAAAAAUGCUUGUUUGAUGUCUAUUAACUGAAAACAGCUUGCACUGACAUAUCUUAAAAUAUAUCAGUGCCAUUGUUUUGUCAAAAAUGCACACCAAUAUUGUUUUAUUUUAAGGUAUGUUUGUAUAAACUACUUAAAUGCCAUAAUAAAACUAAGACCAAG